CUUCUUGAUCAUUAACCAUGCAGGCCACUCGAGUGUGUCUUUCACCAUUCUUAAAAAAUAACGCCAUUUUAACAACUGCUUCCAAAAGCAACUUGUGCUGCAGUCAACGAUUCAUUUCCUUUUCAGCUCGCUUAAAUGAAGAAGAAGGAUCAAAGACCCCUGAAGUUGAAACAGCUGAAUCUACUGAAGAAGUAGAACCUGUCAAACUGUCCCGAAGACGACGUAGAUUUCACGAAUGGAUGAAGGAAGUGGGUUAUAAAUUCAGUCGUCCUUCAGAGGGUACAACUAACUAUCUGGCAACCACACCUUUUCCUAAUAACCCUUUAUUCCAACCAAGACCUCCUCUUGCUGAUGCUACUAAACAAGAAAUAUAUGAUCAAUAUGUCUCUGAUCCACAAAAUUGGUCAGUUCGCAAACUGGCAACAAAAUACAAUAUCUCUUUAAAACGUGUAGAAGCCAUUUUGAAGCUCAAGCAAGUUGAAAAGGAUUUAGAAAUGAAUGGAAUCCCCUUACAAAGAAAGUUUGCAAAGGGAAUGGAACAACUCAUGGGCGUAGAUAACCGAACUGAAUUAUUAAAGGAGCCUUUAGUCGAUGUAUUCCCUAAUGUUGGCAAGCCCAAGUUUAAAUCAUUAAAGGAAGACGCUCACUUUGGACCAGAAGAUGCAGCUAAAGUACUUAACCGCAUACCUUUCAAGGAUUUGGAAAACAGAAUGAUUGAGCUUGGACAAGCAGAUUUCAGCUUACCUAAAUCUACAAGUACUAGUCAUGAAUCUACGAAACCCACAAAGAAAUUCGUUAUUGUAGAUACAUCUGCUUAGAAUUUAAAAAUAUUAUGUAAAAAAAGUGUCGUCUUGAUUUCCACACAAUAAAUUAUACAGGUUUUCUUCAAAAGAGGAUAACUGAAAGAUUAUUAUUAAAGUGGUAGUGAGAAUAAUCUAACUAGAAGAUUAAUGAAUAAAAAAUAAUAUAUUAUUCGUUUUAUACUUACCGA